AUGCUUUUUCUGGGAUUCACAAGGAUUUUUGUGGCAUGUAUUAUCGGGAAUACAGUAAUUGUGGUGGUUAUUGAAAGAAUGCUGGCCACUUAUUACAUCAAAAACUACGAGCAAAUGAGUCGUUUCCAUAUUUCUCGAUGGUUGAUAAUUGGCACUUCACUCUCAUCACUCAAUAUUUCGAUUAUCGGUGUUUUCGCAAGUGCUCAACUUCGAUUUGAAAUUGCUUGCCUUUGCGUCCCGUUUUAUCUAGUGAUGAUUGCCGGUUUUCUAUUUGGUUUUUAUCAUUUUACAUCAGCAAACUCGAAAGUAAUGGAGCGCAUUGAAAAGCUGACAAUCGAGAGUGGAGGAUACAAUUUAGCGACAAGAUAUCAAUUAGAGGAAAAUCUCAGAUCGUUGAAGCUCCUUCGCAGUUUCGUCACCUGGGGAGCCUUUGCGGAUGUGGUGAUGAAUUUGUGGAUCUGUUACGCACUCGUGUUUUUCGAUGAGCGGCAAAUUGGUGAUCAGAUUUUGAUGGCAAUUUUUGAGCUGAUAAUUGCCAGUUGUUUAUUCGCUUUCACUCCGAUUUGUUUAUUUUCGGUGCCCGAUUGGAGGAGACUCUUCAUAAUGGUGAUAUGGAGAAGUGAACCGAUUCGACCACUUGAAUGCUCAAUCUCCAUUGUUGACAGGGCACAAGAAAGAGAUUCAUAUUUCGCAUAUUACAUGAAAUCUUGG